AUGACUCUGAUUGGGACCCUUUAUACCGUCCCAGGACGCUUCCACCCAAGAACUAGGAAGAUCUUUGCCGCAGCUAGAUUGAACAGUCUCGAGCUUCAAGUACCAGGGGGUUUCGAGCCAGGCGAGACCAACAGAACACUGGAGUUCUUGAAAAAGUUCCCGCUAGGCAAGAUUCCAGCAUUUGAAACAUUAGAGGGCUUCAAGUUGGCUGAGAGCUCUGCCAUCGCAUCAUAUAUUGCGGGACAUGGUCCCAAAGGCGAACAAUUACUGGGCGCAAACCCGGAAGAUCGUGCGAAAAAUCAGCAAUGGAUUCUCUUCAACGAGUUGCACGUCGAGGGAACUCUUUACACGUUGGCGGCAUGGCGCAUGGAGAUUGAAGAUUAUGAUGCAAAGAAAGAGGAAGCUGCUGCGAAAGACUUGGUGAGAUGGUUAGAUUACUAUGAGUUGCAUCUGUCAGAUAGGCAGUGGUUCGUCAAUGCCGAUGGGGCAGGGCCGAGUCUUGCGGAUUUGACUGUUGGUGGAACAGUGUUUGCCCUGUACUUUGCAUAUGUGGAUGCAGAAAUGCGCAAAACAUAUCCAAAGAUAUUCGAAUUUUUUGAGAGACUGAAGCAGACAGCUGGGCUGACAGACAUAUACACUGGACCCAUGGUUGAGAAAAGACAGCCACAUCCUGAUAGAUUGCAAUCACACUGA